AUGUCGAGUCAGGCCGGUUGGAAUUCAGUGACGGGCAUUGCGACCCUGUUGCUGGAUGGCAACUUGAUUGCCAUUGCUGUUGCGAUUGUGAUUGCCUUUGGUGUUCCUGUAUUUUUGCAUCUCGUCUUCUACCGUGCAGCAGCGUCGCCGCCGUCGAGUAACUUCCUCCUGUUGGGCCCCAGCGGAGCUGGUAAGACAGCUUUCACGACUCUCCUCGAGUCAAAGUCUUCACUGGCUUCCAAAAAGUCGCCAAGCACCCACACCUCCCAGACCUCAACCCUCAUCACCGUUACUCUGCCCCCGAGCGUCCCCACGGCGUCCAACCGCUACCGAUCCGUCAACGAUCCCUCUUUGAAUGAAGCAUCGAAGAACCCUGUCAAGUACCGACUACGGGAUACCCCCGGCCAUGGCAAACUACGUGCUUCACAGGGCAUCGCUGAGCUCCAGAGCAUGGCCGCAUCCACCGACACCAAGACCAAGCUUCGUGGCGUGAUCUUCAUGGUCGAUACCGCUGCCUUGGUGGACGAGGCCACCCUCCGAGAUACCGCUACGUACCUCCACGACGUUCUUCUGAUCCUUCAGAAGCUGGCGCUGGGCAAGGGCAAGUCGUCUACGAAACGUGCGGCCGAGAUCCCCGUUCUGGUUGCCGCGAACAAGCAGGAUCUGUUCACGGCUCUUCCUCCCGGGUCAGUGCGGGAGAAGCUUGAAGCGGAGAUCGAUCGUAUCCGCAAGUCUAAGACCAAGGGUCUCAUGGACGCUAGCAUGGACAGUGCUGGACUGGAUGCUGAGGAGGAUGACGUCCUGGGCGACGAUGAUGCCCAGGGUGUCUUCAGCUUCAAGCUUUUGGAGCAAGUCGGCAUCAAGGUCGACGUCACUGGUGGUGCCGUCAAGGGCGAUCAGCAGGAGGAGUAUGGCUCUGGCGUACGUCGCUGGGAAGAGUGGGUCGGUAUGUGCUUGUGA